UGUUCCUGUGAGCAGUGGCGUCCCGAGCAUAUGCGGGGGUGCGGUCCGCACCGGGUGACACCUACCGCACGGGGUGACUCCGGACCCGCUCCACAAAAAGGUAAGUUGUAAAGAAAGCCGACGAUCUCCGCAGAAUGGAUCGGCUCUGCGGAUUGAGCAUAACGGAUCGGAGUCCGAUCCAUUGUGCUCAAUCCGCAGAUCCGAUCCAUUCUGCGGGGAUCGUCGGAGGGGGUGUCACCAAGUAGUGUAACUGCACCGGGUGACACCAAUCCUAG